AUGGGCUGCUCUGGCUGUUCCGGAGGCUGUGGCUCCAGCUGCGGGGGCUGCGGCUCCAGCUGCUGUGUGCCCGUCUGCUGCUGCAAGCCCGUGUGCUGCUGUGUGCCAGCCUGCUCCUGCUCCAGCUGUGGCAAAGGGGGCCACGGCUCGUGUGGGGGCUCCAAGGGGGGCUGCGGCUCCUGUGGGGGCUCCAAGGGGGGCUGUGGCUCCUGUGGGGGCUCCAAGGGGGGCUGUGGCUCCUGUGGGGGCUGUGGCUCCAGCUGCUGCAAGCCCGUGUGCUGCUGUGUGCCAGCCUGCUCUUGCUCCAGCUGUGGCAAAGGGGGGUGUGGCUCCUGUGGCUGCUCCCAGUCCAGUUGCUGCAAACCCUGCUGCUCCCAGUCCAGCUGCUGCAAACCCUGCUGCUCCCAGUCCAGCUGCUGUGUCCCUGUUUGCUGCUCCCAGUCCAGCUGCUGCAAACCCUGCUGCUCCCAGUCCAGCUGCUGUGUCCCUGUUUGCUGCUCCCAGUCCAGCUGCUGCAAACCCUGCUGCUCCCAGUCCAGCUGCUGUGUCCCCAUGUGCUGCCAGCGCAAGAUCUGA